AUGCCGUCAUCGUCACCGGCAUACUACAACGCAGUCGGGCUGCCGCUCGAGUACUGCUCCAAGCAAUAUCGGGAAGAGAUCAAGAGGGCGUCACCGACAUCAUCAUCUUCCUCUUCCUCUUCCUCUUCCAACAACAGCUCCAGCUCCAGCUCCAGUCCAGACCCCAGUCCAACAUCAGACAGCACAUCCGCACCGACGCCGCUAUGGACGCCAGCAGACUCCGAAGCGCCGCCCAUGUCUCAGUACCGCCAUCACGUCAACGCCAAAUUCUCGCAGUCGCUGCGCGACUCGCACGAGCUGCACAGCUGGACGGUGCAGAACCCGCACCAGUUCUGGAUCGACCUGUACGAGUACUGCGGGAUUGUGCCCCCGUUGCCCAAGCACACGAGACUGGCGUAUGACCCGACGGCGCGCCUGCGCGACAUCCCGACCUUCUUCCCCGGGCUGCGGCUCAACUACGCCGAGAACGUGCUGGUGCCCAACACAGCCGCGAACCCAAACGCCGUCGCGCUGGUCGGGCUGCGCGAGGGCCGCCUCGACGACCCGGAGGAGGUCACCUGGGCUGAGCUGACGGAGCUGGUGCGCGCGGUGCGGUCGGCCAUGGUGCGUCGCGGGAUCAAGAAGGGCGACGUGAUCGCGGCGCUGAUGGCCAACUCGGUGUGGAUCGUCGUGCUGUUCCUGGCCAGCGCGUCCAUGGGCGCCGUCUUCACCUCCGUGUCGCCGGACCUGGGCGUCUCGGGCUGCGUCAGCCGGUUCGCCCAGGUCGAGCCCAAGUGGCUGUUCGCCGACGUCGACGUGGCGGUGCGCGGGACGCGGCCCUCGAUGCUGGGCAAGGUCAUGCAAAUCCUCCGGGCGCUGCCCGUCGCGAAGCCCCAGCCGCGCCUCGUCUUCGUGCCCACCGGCCACCGGCCACACCGGCAGCGGCACCUGGACUACAUCACGCCGCUGGCGGGCGCGAUCUCGCUGCACGAGUUCCUCACCAAGGCCCGCGCGGGGGACAAGCUGCGGUACGCGCGCGUGCCCACGGACCACCCGCUGGUGAUCGUGUACAGCUCGGGCACGACGGGGGAGCCCAAGUGCAUCGUGUCGCCGCACGUGUCGGUGCUGAACUACAAGAAGAUCUCGCUGCUGCACAACGGGCUGGGGCCGGGGUCGACCGUGUUCCAGUUUUCGUCGACCAGCUGGAUCCUGUGGAACGUCAUGAACGGCCACCUGUCCGUGGGGAGCAAGGUCAUCUGCUACGACGGCGGCGCGCUGCACCCGGACCCCUCCACGAUGCUGCGCAUCUGCGCGCGGUUCCGCGCGACCUACUGGGGCACGUCCCCCCGGUACCUGCUCGAGCUGGAGCAGUCGGGCAUCCGGCCCGAGGCGUUCGACCUGUCGCGCCUGGCGCUGGUGACCACGACGGGCGCGACGCUCACGGGCGCGCAGUUCCGCUGGUUCUACCGCGCGUUCCCACGCCGCGUCCACCUGUCCAGCGUCGCCGGCGGCACCGACAUCGCCUCCUCGUGGAUCGCCACCAACCCGGCGGGGCCCGUGUACGCCAACGAGAUGCAGAUGUGGGCGCUGGGCCACGACUGCGACAUCCUCGACGGCGAGACGGGCCGCUCGUGCGCCGCCGAGGGCCGCCCCGGCGAGCUGGUCUGCCGCAAGCCCUUCCCCAGCAUGCCGUGCCGGUUCUGGGGCGACACGCCGGACCACCGGAAAUACCGCGAGGCCUACUUUGAGAAGUUCCCCGUCGUCGGCGGGAGCAGCGGCGAAGAAGAAUACCUCGACGUCUGGGCCCAGCACGACUUCAUCGUCAUGAACCCGCUCACCCGGGGCCUCCAGAUCCUCGGCCGCAGCGACGGCGUGCUGAACCCGAGCGGGAUCCGCUUCGGCAGCUCCGAGGUGUACAACAUCGUCGAGGGGCCCCAGUUCAACGCGCUGAUCUCGGACACGCUGUGCGUGGGCCGCCGCCGCGCCCACGACCAGGACGAGACCGUCUUCCUCUUCGUCAUCAUGGCGCCCGGCCACGACGCCGACUUCACCCCCGAGCUGGUCGAGAGGCUCCGCGCCGCCGUCCGCGACGGCCUCUCGCCCCGCCACGUGCCCAAGUUCAUCGAGCGGGUUCGCGAGAUCCCCUACACGGUCAACGGCAAGAAGGUCGAGGUCGCCGUCAAGCGCGUCAUCUCCGGCCAGGCCGUCAAGGUGAGCUCCACGGUCAGGAACCCCGCUUGUCUGGCCGAGUACGAGCGCUUCAGAGACCUGGAGAGGGAGCCGUCCCGGAGGGGCCCCAACGCUCGGGUGAAUAAGUUGUGAGGGAGCCGUGGCUGGGUCUCUUCCUCUUAGAGUGAUAUCCAUGCUGGUUCGAUUGCUUGUCGAGAUGGCGAUGCCGGGGUAACAAGUCAGCA